UUGGUUUAAAGUGAAAAAAAGCAAGCAAAAGUAGGCGAAAAAAGCGAACUAUGAAAUGUUUAUGGUCCUGUGGCCGUGGAUCGAUUCAAAAUUGAGCGAGCAAGAGACAUAGAGAGAAAGCGAAUAAAAGGAGAACACAUGAAUGCCAAGUGAAAAUAGAUGUAGGUGUGUGUAUGGCAUGAAUGUAUUAGACCAGAAUUAAAUUGCGUUCUACGAUAAACAUAUAUGUUAUUUGUAUUAUUCGUUUAUUUAUUUUUUUUAUUCGAAAACUCCGUCGAAAUGAAUUUGAUGGAGCACGUUGUUGUGCAGCUAUCAAAACGCGACAACCAUAAAUUAUGACAACCAAAUCUUCAGAGCAACUGAAAGUGUUCUGACUCUCUCCGUAUAUAUACAUAUUUAUGCUGUUGUUGUUGUUGUUGUUUUGUUCGUGUGGAAAGACAAUUUUAUUUUCGCAUCAAAUGCUGUAUGUGUUUUUCAAAAGUUGCAUAGAUAAAAAGUAGCCGUGUGUUUAUUUAUUGACGCAAAAUCGGUUUUUCAACGAACUGUGUCUCGGUUCCAACGCAUUUUAUUUUCCUUCUUCGCAUUGACAUUAACUUCGUGGCAUUUGUCAUCAGUCAUCUGAUUGCGACGCAUUCGUAAAAGUUUCGACGAAAUUAGAAUUUCAUCAUUUUAUGUCAACGUAUACACGCUUCGAGCACCAAGGCGACAAAAUUAUGUAAAAAAACGGUUCAUUUCGCUCGAAAUUAUUGGUCUCGCGCAAUUUUCUCGUCGAUCUCGUUUCUGUGAAAUCGAAAAUACUCAUACACAGACAGCUGUGAAUAUGAUCCGAACUUACUUCACAUUGUGUAUAUUUGAAACCAGCUGAUAGCGCACACAGCCACAAGCGUUAGGACGUUUCUUCAAAAAAAAAAAACCGAUGCAUAAAAUUGUUUUUUUUAUUGCCUACACAAUUAUAAAAGAAAUCACGUUAUUGAUACAAUUUAAAAAUAAUAAGAACCGUUCGUCGCUGUUGCCGUCGUCGUCGUCGUCGUCGUUGUGGUGAAUGUGUAUGAUUUUCAAUUUGCCUUAAUCGCCGCGCAAUUCAAUACGUUGUUGCUUGUUGGCUACGACGUAAGCACCGCAACUGAUCAACAUAUUAUUAUUCUCUCUCGCUCACUGUUGUUUUGAUUGAGUGACGAAGAGAAGAGGACGAGAGGAAUCAGAAGUAAAGUUUGAAAAAAAAGGCUCCUCCAUUGGCGUGACAAGGGAACAUUGCCACCAAAAUUAUCAGCGUAAUUUUAACAAACGCGAUUCCACGAAAAGAGGCUUUGUUUGGCAACCAGAUUACUAACGAACCAAAAAAAAAAUAGCAUUAAAUUUAUAAAUUCAAAGACGAACACAGACCGUGCGCGAGUGUGUUGUGAGGUACUGAAAUAUCUCAAAACGUUCUUUUUUUUUAUACGUAUGUAUUUUAUCGUGUUUAUUGUAUGAGCUACACACAGAACAACCGAAAAAAAAGAAACAAACUGGCGACGCCAUCAGUCCGGUUUACGUUUGUUGAGUCAUGUGUUUUGACAGACAGUCCAAUUCAUGUUUAAUUUGGAAUGCACGAAACCCGACGACAAUAAAGCAACGAAACCAAAUAAUGAACGAAAACGCAUCAAACGCCAUCGAUUCCGUUUUUUCCUUCUUUUUUUCGCAUUGACAAUGACGAUGGCCUUUGUUUCAUCUGAUUGAAACGUAUCUGCAUAAAGCUCAAUUAAUGUUACCAAGACAAAGCACAAAAAAAAAACAAAACGAAACGUGAAUAAUUUCAAUGCAUCAUCGUCCCACAAUCAACCAUUCACCGUCAGCACCAUAAAUGUUACGCAAAAAUUUAUUAAGUUUCCUCUUGUUGAUUUCGUUUAAUUGUUUGUUUAUUCAGUUUUACCAUUUGUGAAUAUACUGAUUAUACAGUUUUUGUGCUAAAAAAGAACUCAAUAAAUUAACAAGUGCUUUUUGUUCGCUGAUUCAAAAUGACUUGAACGUGUGCGACAGAAUGAGUAAACCGUUUUUUUUUCUCAGAAUAAAACGUGAAGAAGAUCGGGAUUAAAACGAGGUAUCAAUCGAUUUUACCGCAAAAAAGAAAUAGAAUACUGAACAAUAAAAAAAAACGUUGCUUUUCAAGCAAGCUGUGGUCAAAAGCGAAUAUUAGUGUUUAGGCGAUUUUAUGUUGUAAAUUUUAAACGAAUCGAAAAUAAUGGGUGCAAAAACGAGCACAGCCAAUGGUUCAAAUGGCACGACCAGUUCAGGUCCACAUCAUCAGCACCAUGUACACAGUCAACAGCACAAUUCACAAAGUCCGCGGACACGAACAUUUUCAACGAGCAGCAGUUCGGCGACCGAAGUUAUACCCGCCGGAAGUUCGACCGCUACGGGCUUUAGUUUACUUAGAUCGAUACCGGGAAUGCAUGUAACGGCAGCCAAUCAAUCAACCAUUGACCGACAACGGGCUCGUUCGUUAUCAUCUGUUCCCGAUUUACAGCAAAGCAAUUCAAACGGAACAACGCAAUCUAAUUAUUUGAAUGCAAUUCCACAAAUCCAAAGUUCAAACAUCGAAGCGGUGAUACAACAAGCGACAUUAGCUCAAGAUGGUGAUAGUAUAGCGGCUGCAACAGCUGGUGCCAUCGCGUUAGGACGCGUUUACACAGCCACAUCAUUGCCUUCACAUAUUUGGUCAUUAAAUGGUAUUAAAUGCCCAGUUUGCAGUAAAUUUGUGCUACCCGACGAUAUAGAAUGUCAUUUAGUAAUGUGCCUAACAAAACCUCGUUUAUCGUACAACGAGGACGUUUUAACAGAUGCCAAGGGAGAAUGUGUAAUAUGUUUAGAAGAUUUAAAUGCCGGUGAUGUGAUUGCAAGGUUGCCAUGUUUAUGUAUUUAUCACAAAGGAUGCAUAGACCAGUGGUUCGAAGUGAAUCGCAGCUGUCCUGAACAUCCUGGCGAUUAGUUACUUUAAACAAUCGAACAAAUUCAUUCCAUAGCGCUUUAUUUAGUCUACCAAUUGUGCGGAAUGGAUGCGGUAAGCGGGGAAUGAAAACCUAAGUGACGAGAAAUUCUAGACAUUUCAACGGGAAUGGAACAAAAAUGAAGAGUAUCGACGAUUUGAUAUUUGACAAACACAUCUGCAACCUGGUUUGGAUGACGGAAAUGACGAAUUGAUUUUUUGUUGGAAUGAAAACAACAAAGAGAUGAAGAAGAAACAAAAGAAAACUCACUAACUCUUAACGAAAUGCAAAUGAAAAACAUAACAAAAGAAGAAGAAGAAGAAUAAGAAAGAAAGAAAGAAAGAAAAUUCGAUAUAAAUACAGUGAUACAUAUUUCUAUCAAGAUAACGGCUUUGGUUUAAACACAAGUAGUAAUUAAAUGUAAGAAAACUAAGAAUUAGCCAAUUACAUGAAAUGUAAUGAGUGUAACGCUUAAGUCAAACUGUGGGUGAGAUUGUAGAGAGCGAAUAGUGUGUGCGUAUGUGCAUGAGUGUAUGUGUGUCCUGUGUGCCUGUGAAAUGUGUGUUUUAAAUGUGCAGAAAGAGAAAUAGUAAACGGAUAGCGCGAUAUAAAGAAAAAGGAUUAUAAUAACCCAGACCGAAUAGAAACGGAAAUUUUGUUUACCACACAGCAUACAGAGUCAAUCUGUUGGAAUCAACGAAAUGAUGUGUCGAUUUGAAUUGUUGAAUGUAAAAUUGUUUGCAAAUCACUAUUGAAGAGAAUUUUUCAUUGGUGGUGAAACAGAAAACGACGUCUAUUAUUGGAUUGGUUUGUUUUUUUUCUGUCGUUGGUUUUUGUUUGUUUUACACAAAAGCCUUGCAACCGGUAACAUUGUACAAACAAAAAGAAAUAGCAAUGUAGACAUUAAAUCACUUUCGAUGUCAACCUAAACAGAUUCUCUACUUUUGCCAUACAUCAACCGCCUCCCCAUCCCAAUGUGUAAUUGUAAAAUUCAUUGAAAUCGAAUGUAAAAUGUGCUUUUGACUAGAUACAGCUUUCAACAUUUUUUUUAAAUCUCUCCGAUUUUUACUACUUUUCGUUCUUGUUGCCCCAUUUCAGGUGGCGACAAUUUGAUUCUUAACAAUGUUCAUGAAAACACUGAAUUUUCGUCUCAUAACCCAUUCAAGUUUUUAGUCAGGAUUCAUAUGUUGUGUCUAUUUUCUUCGUGUAAAUGAAUGAUUCACCACAAAUUCAUUUAUCAGAGCUAUACAAUUUAGUAACCAUUUGAAUGGAUGUGCCCAUAAAAACAACUGAUCUGCGCUUUUAUAUACAACAACAGAAAAACACACAAAAUAUUAUUAUUAUGCAUAUGAAAACGAUAAAUAUUUUAACCAAAUCUAAUUGUAUAAACUAAACACUAAACUUUUUUUUGUUUCUGUUUUUUUUUUAAGAAAAAAAUAAUCCGCACGAAUAAGAACAAGAAAAAAAAUGGAGAAAAAAAAGAAUUUUUGUAUUUGUAAGGGAUUUUUGUUUCUCGUUCGAUUUUAAGUAUAUAAAAUUAGAAACAAAUUUCAACAACAUAAUUAGGGAAAAAAAUAAUUGUUCGAUUAAGGGAAUGAGACGAUAAUACCCCGAUGAAUUUAACUAGCAAUCAUCAUGUGCGGCGAGCGAAUCAAGUUCAAUUUUUUUUAAAUGAUAUUAGUUGGCGGAUUUUUUUCUGCUCGAAUGCAAAUUCAUUCACGCCGCAAAAAAAAAACUUUUGUAAAUUUGAACUUUUUUCGCUCGCCAAACGAUUAAGCGAUUCUCUUGUAAUAAAAAUUCAAAUAAAAAAAAACACGUGAUAAAUAA